AGUGGCAGUAGCUCACCGACCCGAGGUGAAGACCGCUGCCUGUCGCACGUCGCUACGUCGCUACGCUGCUACGUCGCUACGCUGCUACGUCGCUACGCAGCCCGGGUACGCCGCUUGCGAAGACUAGGAACAGACCGACGUGUGAUGCCCGGCCAUGAAGGCGGCCAUCUUGCUGCCGUACGGCGCGCUGUCUGGCGUCGGCUGCUGCCGCUCCCACACCAAGCACGCGGCCGUCGCUAGCGGCGUCUACACCCUGAACAUGUCAAUCCUCGUGGUGCUGCUUUACAGCUGGAGGAUCGGCGUCAACAUGAAGAAGUACUCCGACCUAGAAGACGUGUAUUACGGCGUGCAGAUAGCGUACCUGGCCAUCAUCGGCACGCAGCUGUUCAUGCUGGCCCUGAGCGUGGUGCUGCUGUUCGGCGUGUUCAAGGAGAGCCCCGCGCUGGUGGCACCGUGGAUCGUCGGCUCCAUCACCUUCAUGGCGCUGGAGGCGGUCGCCAUGGUGUACUCCAACGUGCUGCGCGACCACGUCAACAGGCAAUUCGACGCUCUGUGCAAAGCCGAGAUGGCGUUCUUCAUAUCCAGGGCGUUGCUGAACGCAAUCUCCAUUUACGGCGUGAUGCAGUUUUACAACAUGCUGCGGGCGGGGAUAUCGUGGAAGGAAGAGAUGCCCAUUGAGCUGUGAUGCGCAACUUCGCGGGAGGCGCGUGUCACAGGAAGUGGUCCGUCGCGCAGGGCAUCAUGGGAGGCUGCCCGAACAUUCUUCCGGCGCGCGGCGGUCUCGGGGAAAGUGCUUCCCAAGACGAAAUUGUUUCUUCCUGUGUGUGGGGAAAAAAAACGGCUCUGACGAAACGGCAGUUAAAAACUAUACAGAACAAACGUUCCAAACAAACUUUGACGUGACCUACACAAAAACUCAAAGAACAAGGGGAAAAUAAAAAAAAUACAUAGCUUGCUAUAUUUUAUAGGUUAAGUGAUGUAACAAGUUUUAUUUUUUAGGCAAAUUGUUUUAGAAAUGUGUUUGUACAGUGCAAGAUGAAACUUAUUUCGAAACUGAAUUAUUUUGUUGUACCUAAAACUGAAAAUUGUACUAUAAUGGAUCUCAAAAGGAGUUUAAAAAAAAAAGUGUUGUACGAAAAUAUUUAUAAAAGGUUGAUAUUGUA